UUGAAUAAUUCAUGCUGUUUUGUAGCAAAAGCUAGGAAUGAUGCCAAAUCCGACAUACCAGGGCGGAAAUCAACUGGUGCCACAGCAGCUGCAUGCCGUCUUCCAGAAGCAUUCUGUUCAGCGAAAACUUCUCAUUCCUUCAGCAUUGCAAACUAUGAUGAUGUCUCGAAUUGUACACCCGAGCAAUUGGCAAAACUGAUAGAUCAAGCGGUGGACAUGUGCGCGCUGCGCAUUGUGUCCUCAUACGUACAGGAAGCUUAUCGACGUAUGAUUUUCACGAAGAAGGGCACCGAAGUCGUUCGCAAACGAUUAUCACAGGGCGAACAAUUUUGUUAUGUUUUCCGUUGGCUCGAUGAUCUGUUGUGUUAUGAGGAAAUGGCCUGUUCGUCUACCGAAGUUUGUUUUCAGUUUUUGCUUGCUUGCUUCUUUUGA